AAAGGGUUCAGAUAUUACUGAGCCCCCCAAAAAUAAUACUUCCACCACACUCAAGUAUCUUAUCUUUUAAAAAGAUUCAUUUUUCCUUUCCCCCUUUUAGUGAAAUUCCUGAAAGAAGUUGUCCACACUUGUCUUUAUGUCCUCAUAUCUUAUUCACUUCCAUCCCAAUCCAAUCUAGUUUAUGUCCUCAAAAACAAAUCCAGUAUACACUUCUCAGCUCUCAUCUAGUUUGACCUUUCAACAUAAUGGAUAGUUUCCUGGAUUUUUUGUCUCCUGGAAUUUCCUCCUUUCUUUCUGAUUGCUUCACCUCAACUUUCUUACUGACUCUCCCUCUGCUCAUUCUCUGCAUAUUUAUUUUCAUAGCUCUAUCUUUGCCUCUCUUCUUUAACUUCAUUCACUCCCUAAGUGUUAUCAUUCAAUCCCAAUCUUUUUCCUGCCUUAAAAUUCAUAGAAUUCUUAAAAUUCUGAAGUCUGAUAAUUCCUGUCUUCAGAAAAAUAUCGAUAGGUUGAUGACCUCUUUGCUGAACUCUAUAAAGUUUUGCAUUUCCAAUUGCCUACUUCCCACUUCUACUUGGAUGUCUAACAUACAUUUUAAUUUUAAUAUGCCCAAAAGACAGCUCUUAAGUUCCCUCUCUGAACUGCUUCCUUAAGAAGUCUCUCCAGCUUCAAUAUAUGGUUUCAUCAUUCACCCAGUGUUUAAGCUAAAAACCUCAGAAUCAUCCUUGAUUUAUUUUUGUCAUACUCUCAUAUCCCACCAAGCUCUAUUUUCUACCUCCAACCUGCACCCCAAAUUCAUGUAUAGCUCUUCAUUCCCUGCAAAUACCACCCAAACCUAAACCAUCAUCAUCCCUUGCUUUUUUUUUCUUUCUUUUUUUUUUUUUUAUGCCCUUGACCAGAAUCAAAUCUGGGACCCUUCAGUCCACAGGCCGACGCUCUAUCCACUAAGCCAAACCAGUCAGGGCAAAACCAUCAUCAUCCCUUGCUUACAACCAUGUUCCUAAAUGAACUGGCCCAUUUCUUCCUCUCCAAUCUCAUUUCAAAGUGCCGUGCCAUUACCCACACAACUUUCACUCCAUUGGCUUCCUUCCUAUUCCUCAAAUAAGCCUAGUUCUUUCCCAUCCCAAGAUGUUGCUUUACUUUCUUAUGCAUAUAAUACUAAUUCUCCAACUUAACCCAUCUCUGAUUCCACCUUAACCUUCCAGAUCCCUCCCUCUAUUUUUACCUUCCUACCACUUACUUUACCUCAUGUUGCUUACUUUUACUUCAUAAUGCAUUUAAAACGUCCUGUAAUUACCUUGUUUACCUGUUUACUAGUUUAGAGUGUUUCUCCCCUGACUAAAAGGUAAGCUUGAUUAAAGCAGAGACUGUGUCUCUGAUGCCUGGCUGUGUCCCUUGAAUUAAAUGGAGGAAUGUCUAAUGCAUCGCAGGCAUUCGAGAAAAUGAAUAACCGAUGUCAAAUUCCAUUGAGAUUCCCUAACCUUUUCAUUGCUGCCGAAAUGAUUCAUCAUUCGUCAUCAGUGAUAGCUUGUAGCUAGUUACCCAAACAAGUUUUCUUACUUUAUUCAUUUAGUGUUGCUUGUGCCAAAACUUAAUCAUUUUCUUUGAUGAUGAUGAUAAAGAAGAAGAUGAUGAUGAUGAUGACCAUGAUGAUGAUGAUACGCUGGGAAGUUAGUGGGAAAAACGGACAGUAAGGCUGGUAAUUUCAGAAUAUCUCCCAGUUGGUGUGAUCAUUACCUGAACACAUGGCAUCCACCCAUCAAUCAUUUCUCUACUUCCUGCUAUUGAACCUUCCUGGAGGAGUCAUCAGAUCCUCUCACUCUGGAAGACUGACAUGAAGUCCCCGGGGACUCCCUACCUCUCCUGAAGCCUCAAGGAGGGGCCCUUGAUGCUAAAGCUUUAAAAGCCUCCCCUUCAGAACAAGCUUGGAAAACUCACAGGUAAAGUUAUAGUUCUCGCAGGUCCUGGAAAGGAGCAGAGCAUGAAGGGACUCAGAAGUCUGGCAGCAACAACCCUGGCUCUUUUCCUGGUGUUUUCUCUCAUGGGAAACUCCAGCAGUGCACCUCAGAGACUCUUGGAGAGAAGGAACUGGACUCCUCAAGCAAUGCUUUACCUGAAGGGCGCACGUACGUUCCAAAUGCUUUGCUCUCCCGUGGGGGAUGCAUGGGUCCAUGGACUAGAUGGAGAGCUGCGGGGAGGGGAUAAUAUCAAGUUUGUUACCUUCCUAAUAGGAUCUUUAUACAUUUUUGUUUCUCCAGAAAGACGAAGUCCAAAUGCCCGACUGCUAACUCUCCCGGAGGCAGCAGCUCUGCUACUGGCUUCCUUGCAGAAACCACGAGAAGCUGGAGAAGAAAACCUUGAUCCAACCAGAUUUCUGGACGACAGUCUGCUAAACUGGUGAAAAUACACCAAAUUGAAUGCAGUUGCAGUUCUGUUCUCAUUGAAGACAUGAAGCAUGUAAAUAAAACUUGUGGACCCUUUUUGCUUCAUUUGCGGUCUUAGGAACAGGCACAACUAGUUUAAUUCUUCUAGAAGCAAAAAGUAAGGUGGAGUUCCUAGCUGGGAAUAUCAUUGCCUAUUAUUAUUAUUAUUAUUAUUAUUAUUAUUUAUUACUGCUUCAGAUCCUUCUGUCUUAGAUCACCUUCUGUCUUACUCUCGAAUUUUUUUAGAUUAUAAGACUGACUACUCCUGAUAGUGUUCUUUGUGUUACAACAGAUACCCUCUUGAUUUAAUAUUAUUAGUUGUUGGUUUUCUCAUCCUGUCACCCAACUUGCAUUGUCUUGUCGUCACUCAGCAGGGACUCUCCUUCUCCUUGUCUCCCUUCCCCACGUCCCAGGAGGGUGGGGGGAAAGCAUGGCAGGCUGAGAAAGAGCAGAGUGUGGUUCCCUUAGCAGUUCACCCGGAUGUAAGUUACGCAGGGAAGGGGUGGGAUGGACAGGAAGGAAGCUCUGUGAUUAGAACACUCAGUGCCGUGGCUGGGAGAGGGCUCUUCAGUGAGGCUGGAGAAGCUCGGAGCUCCCCCUUGUGCUCUCUGGGAUCUCCCUGAAUUCAGUUUAGAAAGGGAUCUGAAAGUUACCGGAACAUCAGCAGAUGAGCCACGCUCUGUUCCUCUGUACCCAGUUUUUAGAGGUAACCCAUUUUCCCUGACUAAGCAGACUCAAAGACUGCUUUCUCCAAUGGGCUGGGCUUCUUUUGACACCAAAAUAUCAGGUAACGCCCUGACAAAGCAUGGUACGAUGUCUAAGUUACUUCUUUUUACAGUCAACUUGGGUUCAGUACUAUCUGAAAAAUGUAUGCACACAUAUACCUACAGCAGGCAUAGUGAUAUAUUUAUUUGUAAACACAAUAUGGCCAACUUGUUAAUUAGUUAUGACAUAAUUAAUUGAAAGUUGUCAUUGCUAAAUGUCAUAACUAGAAAGUAUUGUUAAUUCUUAUUGUCAUCGAUAUAUAGCCAUUAUUCAGUAGCUGAAGAAUAUCCUUAUGUGAAUGCCUGUAAUUGGAAUUACAAUUUGGCUGUGUUAAAUAACCAAAACCCUGCUUAUAAGGUUUGUCUGUAACUUGUUUCAUAAUUGAAAAUGCAGCUAUAUUCAAGUUAAUGUAACAUUGAUCUCUGACAAAAAAUAUGCUAGCAUUAAAAAAAUCUAUGUGGCAUCAUAGUA